GAAUUGGAGGAAGGACCGGCACGCUGUGAGGGAAGAGCACGGUUUUCUAUUCCUCGAAUGCCUCCGGGCGCGGUGUGAGCCGGGGAGGGGAGCCCCAUUGGAUGAGGAACGAGCCGGGUGCCUUUAACCCUCGCUGCCCCGUCCACACUGAGCCGACAAGUUGCCUGGAAGGGACAGGAGGAGCGGGGGGCCGGAUUGGCUGACUUCUUAUCAGCGAAGAGGAUCUCAGCUUCAGCACCAGCCGCCCCGGACAGCGCCCUAUGGAGCUCCCUAUCAGAAGGCGCUCUGCAUCCUCCCCGGAGCGACAGGGCCAAGCAGAGCUGGGGCGGGGGCUGCUGGAGCUGGACGAGGAGCUGGUACUAAUGGCCGCAGAGGGAGAAGGAGAGCCGGGAGACCAAGAGCAGGAGGAGCCGCUGCCUCUACUCUCCGACAUCCGGCAGAAGGACAGGGACCUGGUGCUGGCGGCCAGGCUGGGGAAGGCUCUGCUGGAGAGGAACCAGGACAUGAGCCGGAGAUACGAGGACAUGCAGAAGGAGCUCACUGAUCGCCUGGAGGAUCUGGAGCAAGAGAAGCACGAAUUGAAAAGACGAUUUGAUAAUCGCGAAGGAGAAUGGGAAGGGCGAGUGUCUGAGCUGGAGAGUGAUGUGAAGCAGCUACAGGAAGAGCUGGAGAAGCAGCAGGUGCAUGUGAGAGAGGCUGAUCGGGAGAAAUGCACAGCAGUCCAGGAAUUAUCAGAUCAAAACCAAAGACUCUUGGAACAGCUCAAUAGGGCUACAGAAAUGGAAAGGCAAUUGUCGCUGCAGGUCAGUGUGCUUCAGGAGGAGUUCCGUGAGAAGAGUAAGUCUGCAAGUCAACACAUUUCACGGCUGGAAAAUCUUCUCUCAGAGCAGAUCCUAGAAAUAAAGAUGCUUUCUGAUCGUAAACGGGAGCUUGAGGAGCAACUGAGCACCAUAAUGGAAGAAAACGAUCAACUUCAGGGAAUUGUAGAAGAGUUGCAUGACCGAGAGUUGGCCCUAAAUCAAGAGAGCUGUGCCAAGGAACUUCAGUUGGGGGAGAGCCAGAUGGAACUGGAGGAGCUAAGGCUUUCUUAUCGGCAGCUGCAGGUGAAGAUGGAAGAACUCAGAGAUGAAAAGAGUCUCCAAAAUCUAAACAGCACAAGUACCUCACUGCUGUCAGAGAUUGAGCAAAGUAUUGAGGCCGAGGAGCAGGAACAGGAACGGGAACAGUUAAGGUUGCAGCUCUGGGAAGCCCACUGCCAAGUCCGAUCUCUUUGCUGCCAGCUCAGAGGCAAUGAAAGUGCAGAUUCUGCUGUAUCAACAGACUCCUCUAUGGAUGAAUCUUCUGAAACCUCAUCUGCCAAAGACGUGCCAGCCGGGAGCCUCCGCACUGCCCUGAGUGAACUGAAGAGCCUUAUACUUAGCAUACUGGACACUUGUGAAGCAGCGAGUGCACGAAAAUGUGAGGAUGAUGGCUUGGAAGAACAGAUCAAACGGACAAGUGAAGACUCCAAACAACUCAGAGAGCUAUUACAGGGAGAGCAAGUGAGAAUGAAGCAAACAUUUGAAGAGCUUCAGCAACUUCAUAAACAGGUAACUCUACUGAGUGUUGAAAUGACUGCACUGAAAGAGGAGCGGGAUCACCUCUUGGAACUGACCCAGAAUAAAGAUACGCACGAACAGCUACUGAAGGCCAUAAAGGACCGAGAUGAGGCUAUUGCCAAAAAGAAUGCUGUGGAAAUGGAACUGGCGAAGUGUAGAAUUGACUUGAUGUCACUGAACACUCAGUUACUAGAUGCCAUUCAACAAAAGGUCAACUUGUCUCAGCAGUUGGAGGCAUGGCAGGAUGACAUGCACAGAGUCAUUGACCAGCAAUUGAUGGACAAACACCAGAAGGAAUGGAGCCAGUCUGUGUAUUCCUUCUCCAGGGGCCACCACGUUAAGCACUGUGGCAAAGUUAGCACUCUGAAUCGUACAGAGCGGCCAGGAGAAGAGCCCAUUGGUUCUGAAGGGAGAAGUCUCUUUUCAUUUCUAAAGAAAACAAAAGCUUAACUGCAACUGUAUCACAGUUGAAGUAUUAUGAAUUAUGAUGGACUUUUGUUUGGGUAAAUUCAUUCUGAGGGGAUUUUUAAAAAGUAUUACCAUCGAUGAUCCCUAAAGCCAUCCUAAGGCUGGCCAUAGACGGAGCAAUUAUCUUUCCGAAAAGAAAAUCGCUCGAUUCCACCUUCAACACAGUCAGUGUUGAUGUGGGG